AUGGCCGACCCAACUACCAAAGUCGAGGCAACCGAGCCUGAGGUGUCUGCGCCUGCCGUUGAGUCGACCACCGCGGCCCCUUCCACUGCCGAGAUCACCAAGGACGAGCCCGUCAAUACUGAGCAGACCGAGGAGGCUGUGGCGACCGAGAAAAAUGGAGAUACUGCCGUGAAGAGUAACGAUGUCAAGGAGGACAAGGACGUCGCGACUCUCAAUACCCGGGCGCACGACCACCACCGCGACAGCAACAAUCGCAAAUACGAUCCUUCUAUUCUGACCGUUACGGAUGACCCCCACUUGAUCCGUGUCCAGGUCGAGUUCUACUUUGGAGACAACAACCUGCCCCAGGACAAGUUCAUGUGGAAUCUGACUGGAGGAUUCGACAACAACCCUGUCCCUCUCAAGAAGAUCUGCUCAUUCGGCCGCAUGCAUCGCUUCCAACCCUAUGAGGCUGUCGUUAAGGCUCUGCGUGACAGUCAAUUCUUGGUCAUCUCAGGUGAUGAGGGCAGCGAGACGGUCGCUCGCAAAGUUCCCUACAAAUCUUCCAAGCCUGGCGACAAGUUCCCAGUUUCAGUCUAUGUCAAGGGCUUUGGCGACGAGAAACCAUCGACCCAAUUCGACAUCGAGGCCUUCUUUGCCAAAUUCGGCCCAGUCAACGCCAUUCGACUCCGCCGAACUGAUGAUCACCUUUUCAAGGGUUCCGUCUUUGCUGAAUUUGAUACGGAGGAGGACGCAAAAGCUUUCUUGGCCCUUGACCCCCCGCCCAAGUGGGAGGGUCAAGAUCUGAAGAUCAUGUCUAAGCGGGCCUACGUUGACGAAAAGAAAGAGCUGAUCGAUGAGGGCAAACUUGAGCCCAGCAAGAGCAAAGCUCCCCGAACCUUCUGGGAGGGAGUGGACCUUGGCCGUGGACGCGGAGGACAGCACUUCAGGGGCGACAAGGAUGACUGGAAGGCACGCAAGGACCACGACCGCAGGAACAACAACCGUGGUGGUAGGGGCGGGCGUGGAGGCCGAGGACGUGGUGGUCGAGGACGCGGAGGUCGUGACUUCGACCGCGGUAACAGGCGCGAUCGGGACGAGGCCCGUGAAGACCGCAAGGAUUCUGCCGAGGGCACCAAGUCUGGCUCGCCUAAUGGUAAGCGUUCUCGCGAGGACGAUGGCGCCGCCGCUCAGGAGCCCCCAGCCAAGAAGGUCGACACCAAGGCGGAGGCUUGA